AUGUCCUCUAUUCAAAUUCAAUCAGCCGAAGUAAACAAUCUCGUUCGAUCCACUCAUCUCAUUACUGGUGAAUCUGAAAUGGGGGAAUCACAACAGCAACAAUGUUUUCAACCACCAAUUUACUAUGAUAGCAACACUAUAGAACAGCGAGAAGGUCUUCUUCGUUCACUAGCACAAAACCCCAACAUGUUGAAUGAUUUUUAUCAGUUUCUUGAAUUUACUCGAGCUCGUAGUGCACAACAGUCGUUUCGGCAUACUUACAACGAUCAAAUAAACCAAGAGCAACAACAAAUUCCAUCAAUUUUAAAUAUUAAAACAAGCUUUCAACAUAAAUCAUCAACUCCAAAACGUAGUCGACCGCUCAACGAGAGCGAUGGAUCAAUCAGUUCAGCACAGAAGCAACACAAACCAAGCACAAAUGCAUACAUACAAAGGAAACAAGCAAUAACAACUAACGAGCAACAACGAAAAUCACUUCCAUUUGUUCAACUAAAACGUGCUGUUUCUUCCAAUUUGCCGUGCUUUUUCAUCGAAUUCGAUCAAUCUACAACUAUACAUCGACUUCCUUCAGCCUUCGAAGCUAGAAGUUUGAUUGAAAAGCAUUUUAAAGAACAUAAUAUACGUAUUCAACAUUUUUCAUUAGUUGGAUGGGCAAAUAAACGUCUUAAAUUAGGAGUGAAUAACAAGGAAGAUUACAUGGCGUUAGUAACAACAGAAAAUUGGCCUACAGCAAUCAAAAGUGUUCCUAUUAAAAUUGUGAAACCAAAAUUUAUUCCGGAUUGCCUUGCUUUAGUUGUUCGGUAUGUUCCACGUGAAUUAGAUCUUGAAUUCGUUAAAGAAGAAAUUAAACGUACUAUUGCAUCAGCCGAUAAUAUAAAACAAAUAUAUUACACGUACGAACGGAAGUCAAAUGAUUUCCGUUUUACAGUAACGGAUUUAACAGAAUAUAAUACAGCACGUGAACUUGGUCGUAUUUCGAUUGGCAAUCACUGGCUAUCCAUCACACCUUUUUUAUCUGGGAAUCGUAUGACAUAUUGUACCCGAUGUUGGAAAAUUGGUCACCUGCGUGAACAAUGUAAAAAUAAUGUACAGCGUUGUCGAGUAUGUCUACAAGAAAUAAAACAGAAGGAAGAACAUGUAUGCGACCACGUUCCAAAAUGUGCUCAAUGUGAUGGUGAACAUCAUUCACUAAAUGGCAAAUCUAAGAAACCACAACAGUCAGUGUGGAAUGGUGUACAAACAGAAACUGGUCACGAUAUAACACCUGAUUCAACAAAAGCACUUCUGCUUAUAAAUGAAAAUCUGGUUGAAAUGCGUGAAAGUAAUAGAAGAGUAGAAGAGAAACUUGAAAAAAUCAAUACACAAGUGAAUCAAACAGCAUUAGAUGCAGAAUUACACCAAAGCACAAUGAAUAAAUUGAUUGAAAAUGUUCAAUCACUCAUUCAAAAUGUACUUGGUCCAGUAAUGCAGCAAGUAAAGCCUGAAUUAUUGAAGUCCAAGAUUGGUUUACAAUCAAUCUACGAUAAUCUGCGUGAUCUGAAAAAGGAUUUAAAAAAUGAUUAUGAAAUAAGACGUAAAAGUCCAACAACAUCACUUCAACCACCAACUCCCGAUAAACAGAUUGCAACAUCUGAAAACACGAUUAGAGACGAUUCAUUAACUAUGAAAUAA